CUGAUCCACUGCUCACCGAGAGGUCCAGUGUGAAAUAGCUUUUAUAUAUGAUCGAGUAGCAACACCAAAUAUAUUUACAAAGAAAUUCAAUACAGUAUUUGGCAUAGUGACGAAUCCAACUGCUAGCUAUGUUGAACCUGUUUGUAUUUGCUGUUCCCUUACUCUUGUUCACAAUCUUCCUCAUCAAAUGGUUUUCCACUACAAACAAGCACAAUCAUUUGCCUCCAUCACCACCAAGGCUCCCAAUACUAGGAAACCUCCACCAACUUGGCAAGCGCCCUCACCGAUCCCUCCAACAACUAGCUCAGCACCAUGGUGAACUCAUAAUGCUUCAUUUCGGUUCCAGACCUGUGCUCAUAGUUUCAUCUGCAGAUGCUGCUCGCGAAAUCAUGAAAACAAAUGAUCUCAUCUUCUCUAACAAACCCAAAUUAACAAUUAUUGAUAGACUUCUGUACGAAGGCAAGGAUGUGUCCACAGCUCCUUACGGUGAGUAUUGGAGGCAAGUAAGAAGCAUAUGCGUGCUCCAGCUUUUAAGUAACAAAAAGGUUCAGUCUUUCCGAGGAGUUAGAGAAGAAGAAAUAGCCUUGCUGAUUGAGAAUGUCAAACAGUCGUCUAUGUUGUCACUGCCGGUCAAUCUAAGCGAAUUGUUUUCUAUGCUUACUAAUGAUGUGAUUUGUAGGGUGGCUUUUGGGAGGAAGUAUAGUGGUGGUGAAGGUGCAAUGAAGUUCAAAAAGUUGCUUGGGGAAUUUAUGGAGGUGUUGGGUGGUUUUUGUGUUGGAGAUUUUAUUCCAUGGCUUUCUUGGGUUAGUCGCUUUAGUGGGUUAGAUGCAAGAGUGGAGAAAGUUUUUAAAGAAUUUGAUGGAUUUCUUGAUACAGUACUUGAGGAUCAUAUGGUUAAUCUUAGCACGAAGGGAGAUAUAGGUAGUAUAGAAGGUGAAGAUAGAAAGGAUUUUGUGGAUGUCCUGCUUGAAGUUCAAAAGAAUAACAUCACUGGCUCUUCCAUUGAUCGAGAUGGGAUUAAAGCUGUCAUCUUGGAUAUGUUUGCGGGUGGAACUGAUACAACCUCCACAGUUCUAGAGUGGGCGAUGACUGAACUCAUAAGGCAUCCCAGAGUGAUGAAAAGACUGCAAAAUGAGGUUAUGGGAAUUGCUAAUGGAAAACAAGACAUAACAGAAAGUGACUUGGACAAAAUGCCAUACUUGAAAGCUGUGAUCAAAGAAACACUAAGGCUGUAUCCUCCAAUACCGUUGUUGAGCAUUCGAGAAUCAACCCAAGAUGUUAAAGUAAAGGGCUAUGACAUAGCUGCAAGAACCAUGGUCCUAGUCAAUGCCUGGACAAUUGGAAGAGACCCUUCUCUGUGGGAUGAACCAGAGGAGUUUCAACCUGAUAGAUUUAUGAAUUCUUCGGUGGACUUCAAAGGCCAGGACUUCCAAUUAGUCCCAUUUGGAGCUGGCAGAAGAGGUUGCCCGGGAAUCUUAUUUGCCAUUACCACUAAUGAGCUUGUGUUAGCAAAUCUUGUGCACAAGUUUCAGUGGGCAUUGCCUAGUGGAGCUACAGCUGAGGAUAUGAACAUGACUGAAUGCAAUGGUGUUGUCAUCCACAAAGAAGUUCCUCUUAUAGUUAUGGCAGCGCCAAGGUCUUCUUAAAUUUCUUUUCUUCAUUUUGUUUUUAACUUUGAUGUAUACUUUUGGUUGAUCAAUAGUAGAACCCCCAAAAGGAAGAGGCAAUAGGAUCCUGAAACUCUUGCAUGGUUUAUGACCCUUAGCCUUUUUUGUUCAUCAUGUAAUGCUUUUAAGUACUAGAAUUUGAAUGAAUGAAACACUGAAGUCUUUGAAUAAUGGCCUGUGAAAUUCCAAGUCUAACACAAGAAAGAUCAUUCCGUAGUCCAAACUGGGUUGCAGA